UUCUGUUCUCAGGCUCUGCGCAUUUCUCCUGGACGCCCAUUGAUUGGUCUCCUCAGCUCCCCUCUCUCUCAUCCCACCCCUUCACUCCUUCCUCUCCCUCUCUCUCUCUCCCUCACUCCAUCCGUCACUUUCUCCCCCUCCCUCCCUCCCUCCUUCUCUCUCGUUCUCUCUCCUCUGGUUCUGGCCCGACUGCAUGUGAAAGCUCAGCACUUCCCUUCUGCCUGUACUGUAGAAAAAAAAAGGGGGAGGAGGGGGCGGGGACAGGAUCCUCCUCUCGCCCAAUCAGAGUUGAGCAGGGCUCUCACUGAGCGCUGCGUGGUCCAAUGAGGCGGCCGUGCCGGGAAAUACAGCAGUGAAGCGAGCGGGGUUUGCUGCCGGGAGAGGACUGCGGUGCGUUGUGGUGUGUGUGUGUGUCAGAGAUAAUGUGUGUGUGAGCGAGUCCAAGCGCUUUCCCCUCAGAUGAUCCACAGCAGUGCAGCGUUGGGCUAACGACCCCCCCCCUCAGCCUGCCAAGGCUUACUGGACAACAAUAACAAGAACUCUUCAGGAGGCGACCCCUCCAUUCUCUUUCUCUCCAUCUCUCUCUCUCGCUCCGAAGAGACCCAUUCGCGUUUUCUUUUCAAAGGAGGAAAGUACAGAGAUUGCCCCCCCCUCCCCCCUGCCUGAAGCAGCCUGAAGCUGAUCAAAGUGUCCUGCAGCCCGUGCAGAAGAGACUUGUGUGCGUGCGUGUGUGUGUGUGUGUGUUUCUCUCCAGGUGCGACGCGUGUGUGAGGCAGGCCCGGAGCGAGGAGUGCGUCUAGCUCAUCAUGAAACUGAACCUGCUGCGGAGCCCCCAAGCCAUGGUGGCCCCGGAGCCCACGGGGGUCAGCACCACCAGCGCCAUGACGGUGGCCCCCGCCCCCGCCAUCUCCACCUCCUCCGGCAACUCCAGCGAGGUGGAGGUGCCCGUCAACAAGAACGACAUGUUCGAGGAGAUCAAGAGCAAGUUCCUCAACGAGAUCGACAAGAUCCCACUGCCGCCCUGGGCCCUCAUCGCCAUCGCCGUGGUAGCGGGCCUGCUCAUCAUCACCUGCUGUUUCUGCAUCAUAAAGAAGUGCUGCUGCAAGAAGAAGAAGAACAAGAAGGGCAAGAAGGGCAAGGAUGGUUUCAACAUGAAGAACAUGCAAGGAGAUAAACAUCAGGAUGAAGACGAUGAGGAAGGUGAGACUGGAUUGACGGAGGAAGAGAAGGAGGAAGAGGUGAAGGAGGAAGAGAAACUUGGCAAACUGCAAUACUCAAUAGAGUACGACUUCAAUGACAAUAAGCUCAACGUGGGCAUCCUCCAGUGCGCUGACCUGAUCUCAAUGGAUUCGGGAGGAACCUCUGACCCCUACGUGAAGGUCUACAUUCUCCCCGACAAGAAGAAGAAGUUUGACACAAAGGUGCAAAAGAAGUGCCUCAAUCCAGUGUUCAACGAGACCUUCUCCUUCAAGAUCCCCUACGAGGAGCUGGGCGGGAAGACGCUAGUCAUGUGCGUGUACGACUACGACCGCUUCUCCAAGCACGACAUCAUCGGCGACGUGAAGCUGGUCAUGAACACCCUUGACCUGUCAAAGGCCAUCGAAGAGUGGAAGGACCUGGAGGGCGUUGAGAAAGAGGAGCCUGAGAAGCUGGGAGACAUCUGCAUCUCCCUGCGCUACGUGCCCACGGCCGGCAAACUCACCGUCUGCAUCCUGGAAGCCAAGAACCUCAAGAAGAUGGACGUCGGUGGACUUUCUGAUCCUUACGUGAAGAUCCAGCUGCUUCAGAACGGCAAAAAGUUCAAGAAGAAGAAGACCACGGUGAAGAAGAACACUCUGAACCCGUACUUCAACGAGUCCUUCAGCUUUGAGAUCCCUCUGGAUAUGAUGCAGAAAAUCGUCAUUGUGGUGACGGUGUUUGACUACGACAAGAUUGGCUCGAACGACGCCAUUGGUAAGCUGUUCAUCGGCGGCAAGGGGGCGGAGCUUAAGCACUGGUCCGACAUGCUUGCCAACCCGCGCCGGCCCAUCGCCCAGUGGCAUCCUCUCAGAGAGGAGGUGGACGUGGACGGAUCCCUGGCAGGGCUCUUUGCCAAGAAGUAACGCCGCCGCCACCGCAGCGCCACGCCACGGAAACCAACCAACCAACCAACUAACAACCCAACCAAACAACCAACAAACCGACUAACCAAUCCCCCCCCCCCUCCUCCUCCUCCUCUUCCUCUUCCUCUUCCUCUACUCGUCCUCCUCGACUCGUCCUCCACUGCAUGAGUGUCAUGACCCAAUGUAAACCCCUCCACACACAGCUCUCAGUAAUCCUCACUAUCCAAUACUCACAGUAUGAACAUCACAGGGGGGGGGGGGGGAUAUGAAUUCCAUUGAUGAGUUUUGAACUCUCACCUUCUUGAUCACCGCUUAGUUCACAGUGAAGGGGGUGAGUGUGUGUGUGUGUAUGUGUGUGUGUGUGUAUGUGUGUGUGCGUGUAUGUGUGUGUGUGUGUAUGUGUGUGUGUGUGUGCGUUGGGGGUACUAAUCAAAGCGUGUGACUUGUGUACAGUCGGAACUUGUUGAACUAUGUCUGUUGAAGAUGAACGUUCAGAAAGCCUGAAUUGAAUGGAUGCCGUAAAAGGCAGAUGUUUUCUCACCUUCCCGAUCAGUCCUUCCCACGGGCUGUACUGCAGCUCCACUGAAGGCAUUCAGGCAGUGUAGAGCUGAAACGUGUUGAGAUAGUGCCAUUCAUGGAAUUGAUCAGUUACUCCCAGAUAGAAGAUACACGAUAGAAUAUUUGGCAUUUCUCAUUUCAAUCUCCGGUUUAUGAAAUAGUGUACUCCAUCAAAAGGCCUCUGGUUAUAAAUGCUCUGUGGGGGCGGGAUAAACUAUUAUGGCCUUCGGGACUGUGAAUGAUGAUUUUGUGUGCCUACCUACCACCAUUGACACGCCAAGGCUUUCUUGACUGCAACAGUCAUGGUCAACCAGAACGUGGCAUUUCAAUCAGUACAGCAGUUGCGCAGUAUUCAAAGUCAGGUAGUCAGCCAACAACACAGAUAUGGGCAGAACAGAAUAGGUAAGGGAUGUGCUUUCAAGAAAAUUAAGCGAUGCCGGUAUAGUGCCAUGAAAGAAAAAUACUAUUAUUUGAACAUGCCUUUACAUGUACUUUUCCAAUGAGUCCAGAGUUGGGUCAUUUCAUGAAUUGUGCAGAAUGUUAGGAGUAUGGCUGGGAUUAUUCGGAACCUAAGGCAAUUCUACCCAUCUUUCAUCAACAAUGUCUGAAUGUCACAAAGUUGUGAAGGAAUGUACAGCAAACACGUGGGGGGGUGGGGGUGGUUUUACCUGUUGUCACAGAUGCGGCAGUCAAAUUACAACAGAACCUUCAUUAAAACAUAGGUUCUAAGCGGUUCUAAGCGGUUGUAGAACCAUCGGGUCUGGGCCAAAACAGGGUCAGAUUCAGUAGCAUAGCCAUCUAGUAUUGAGGACAUCACUCAUGCCAUUAUAGAGACUCAGCAACACACUGAGCACACACACACACACACACACACACACACACACACACACACACACACACACACACACACACACA